AUGAAAAAAGUUUUAAUUCCUCUCUUUGUACACGGAACUGACUCUUGUUGUGAUUGUCAGCCUGGUCAUUCGUUCAGAGCGGACUGGUGUCUUGACCUUCACGGUUUUUUAUCUCGUGAAGAGUUUGCCGAAAGACUUGAACAGAUUAAUAAUCAAAUCCAAGACAUUGAACUAAUGACCCAAAGAACAAAAAAACUACUAUAUUAUAUCGCUAUCAUUGGUGCUGCUUUAUUAUCACUUAUCUUCUCUUUCAUAAUGCACUUUUUUAUUGGUAUACCUGUAGGCACUGGUUUAUCCGGAGUUUUUACCACAUUCGGCAAAUAUUUGAUCGAAAAAAAUGCUGCGGAACGCGCAAUAGCAUUUACUAAUCGGUUAAACGACCUUUUUGCACAAUAUAACAAACAUGAAAAUCCAACUGUCAAUUGGAAAUUCUGGUGGGUUCAUUCCUACGAAAGAUACGUUACUGAUUUGGAUGGAAGAGCUUAUGGAAAUGGUCAUUUAAACAAGUUAAGGAUGAAGUUUGGUCUUAGGGUUAAAUUCGCGGCCUUAUUUGCUGAAAAUGCUUUAAUUAUUCUUGAAAUAAAUGAUGCCCUCUCUGAUCUUACCAAAAACACUGUUGGUGUGAAUCUUAAAAACUUCAAUAAUAAUGUCAAUUAUAGUGAUAAUACUAAUGGCAAAUAUAGUGAUAACUCUAAUUACAUUCAUAAUGCCAACUAUUCUAAUGAGAUGGCAAUUAUUAAUAAUAAUGCCAGCUAUUCUAAUGAGAUGGCAAUUAUUAAUAAUAAUAUCCCUAAUAAUUCAAAUUCGCAAGUUAUUGAUAUGAA